AUGGCCCGGCGGCUGCUCAGCCUACGCCCCCAACUCAUGGCUCUCCCUCCCCGUAUCCUCCAUUCGCGACAGUAUAUGUCCGACAUGCGCCGCUCCGCCUUCCUCGACCGCCUCCUCCGCUCCCUCCGCUCCGAGAUCUCCUCCUGCCGCGCCGAGCCUGCCCCGCCGCUACCGCCUUCCGUCGCGCAGUUCACCGUGGAUGACCGCCCCGGAGAGCAGUGGGUCCGCCUGCGUCGUGCGUUCUCUGCGUCCAAGGGCGGGGAUCAGGAGGAGGUCAAGGUGGAUGCCACCUUGGUCGACGGCGCCGUGGCGCCAACCCGCUCGGGCGCGGUCGCCGAAGACGGUGGACCGUCCAGGAUGCACAUCAGCGUCCACGUCGAGGUCUCCAAGCCCGCGCGGCCUGACUUGGCGCUCAGCUUCGAGUGCUCAGCCUGGCCCGAGGAGAUGGAUGUGGAGAGGGUCUUCCCUGUCCGCCGCAGUGGGCCGACGCCGGAACAGCAAUACAUGGGCUCCGCAUUCAGGGAGCUAGAUGAAGAGAUGCAAAGUGCAAUGCGAGAUUACUUGGAGCAAAGGGGAGUGAAUGAUGAGCUUGCAGCAUUCCUGCACACGUACAUGGAAAAUAAGGAGCAGAGAGAAAUUGUCCGGUGGUUGAAAAAUGUCGAGUGCUAUCUCAAGAAAUAGACAACAUCUGCUAGACACUUUGAGUUAGAUUAGUUGUGUCAUGUUGUCACCUCAUCAUAAGUGCAACAUGUAUUGUGCUAGAUGCGGGGAUUGCAGGGCAUGGUGAAUUCUCGGUACUCAACAUCCAACAUUGAGGGCCAAGUGUUUCACCAGUUCAUAAUGGUAUGUUCUCGUUUAUCUUGACGUUUCUAAAUCUCAAAGUGAGUGAGCACAAUUUCGUUCUCUUGGCUGGAAAAUUCAAGAAUUGUAGGUUGAAAAGGAGAAGGAUUGUGCAUGCGCCUUGCCUGUGGUUAUUGCCAACUCCAUCUUAAUAGGUGUUCCUAUUCAUAUUAGUAGUCAGGCUCCGAGAUGAAUUGAUAAGAUUAUGGAU